CUGCUGUUGGGUCUGAUGGUGUGCUAUCUGUGGAGGAGGAGGAAAGACCAGAGUCAGUACCCGGAGCUGCUCUCCACUGUGCCCUCAGUACCAGCAUGCUCUGCUCCGGUGAUCCCGGUCUCUCUGGGUCACUCCUGGGCCACGCCCAGUGAGAUCCCUUUCACCUUGCCUCCUCGAUUCACAACACAAAAACACGGUGAUCUGCAGAUGGAGGAGACGCAGGAGAAAGGGGAGGUGGAGAUGAAGAUGGAGACUCGACGGGACAUACUGGCCCAUCGUGGUUCACUCUCAGUAAGGAGCUGGUACCCAGUGGGGACAGUGCUUGCUGGUCUCUACUCUGUACCCCCUCUGAACGAGGUGGUGGCCCCUCCACCCGGCAUGGCCACCCGCCUGUGCUUCUCUGUGGAGUAUCGACACAGCAGCGAGCAGCUCACGGUCUCUUUGCUCCGUCUGGGCAACCUCCCUCCCCGUUUCCACGGCAAUGUCACACUGGUGGAGCUCCGGCUUCUGCCUGAUGACCGGCGGCCCCGCCAGGCCAAAGCCCGAGGCACGGGGCCCGACCCGGAGUUCAACGACUGCUUCAUUUUCCAGGUGUCAGGAGUGUGUGUGCCUCGGAGCACCCUGAGUGUGUGCGUGCUGAGUGUGGAACAAGACGGCAAACGCCACGCUGUGGGCAGGGUGCUGUUUCCUCUGGAGGGUGAGCUCGGUCAGGCCGGCAGGGUGCUCUGGAGAGACCUGGAGACCGAGGACGACACACAGUGUUCAGAGCUAGGUGAUGUGCAGAUAUCUCUCAGCUACAGUCCGACUCUGCAGCGCCUCUCUGUGGUGGUUUUGAGGGCUCGAGGGCUGCAGCUGCUGAUAGACACAGGUGUGUGUCUCCAGGUGAGCUUACAGAUACACACUCAGGUGGUGAAGAUCAAGCGUAGCUGUGCGGUGAAAGGUGAAACCGACCCAUACUUCAACCACAGGAUGACCUUUAAACUCCGCUCGCAGCACUUGGAUGAGGCCUGUCUAAGGUUUGAGCUGCAGCAGCCAAAUGACAUCCGCUCAGAGCCUCCAGCCCUGCUGGGAGUUCUGGUAUUAGGUCCUUUCAUGUACGCCAGGGGCCAACAACUGCAGCACUGGAUGGACAUGGUCAACACGCCACAGGAGCCGGUCAAGCUGUGGCAUGGACUGGGCAGGGCCACUUGA